GGUCUCUGACACUUAAGUUGUACAAUGCUAGCAUCCGACAAAUAUCGGGAUAUCGGUAAAUUGAUUAAUAAACUUCGAGCACUAGGGUUUACUCUCUCAGAUUUGUUAUAUUCUAGAUUCUGUGAUGGAGACGCCGUCGUAUACUCUACAAUAUAUGAUCAUAUACUUUUUUCGUAUGACACAGAAGUGAAGGAGGUUAUUCAGAAUUUCCUCUCCUCUAAAGGAAUACAUCGCGGUCACGCACAAAUUAAUUUAAAAACCGUUUAUCGCAUCCUCCGAGAUGUCUUUGACUACAAACCGGUCAUAACUGUAGAGCACUUCAACUCGACGAAAUUCGCACGUCACAAGGUCAACAUGUGCCUAGAUGUAAUAAAACUUAUUCAAGAACUUCAGAAGGAUAUUGAUAAAAUGAAAACUCAGAAGAUGAAACACAUUAGGAAAAAUAACUCUAUACUUUGUUCUUCACAUUUGACAGCUUGCUCAGAGCCCCGUAGUUAACUGGGCUAGCAGAUCCGCUUCAGACCUUAACAAGUAAACAUGACAGCAGAAAACCAUUUCCUAGUCUUUCAGAAUAUGUGUCCCAAGUAAAUGAUGUGAUUCGGAGCAUAAAAUAGGAAAAGUUAAUUAUAUAAAUUAAUGUACAUAGUGUAUCUACAAUAAAA